CCAGCUCCACAUCUCUGCUUCUGCUGACACUGGGACCCGGUGUGUGCCUGCAGAGACAUCACACCUGACUGCAGAGGGGCACGGAUAAACUUGCUGACACUUUAGCCAGAGUAUUCUAGGCUUUCUUUGUUGAAUAGCUGGACUGGAGAGAGCAGGAGUAGCGCCUGUAAAGUUAAACGGUGGUUUGUUAAAUGUGCUACCACGCAACAGUAGGGCUGUCACGAAACAGCUAGCAGAUGAAGUUAGCUAGCGUGCUAACGUGAAGUACUGCUAGUGAUGGCUUUGGUUUUGAAAAUAUUUAGUUUACCGUUACGUUGUAGCUAGAUGAGUUGGUAUUAAUUUAGAAGCCGCUUAAUUGACAUUGGUGUCGUGACCAUAAUACUAAUUAUUGCGCUAUUGUCGCGUCUCAGCCUUUUAAACAACUUAUCUAGCCUGUUAGCCUACUAGCUGAGUUAGCAUAACACUACCCCACACAUUUAAAUCGCUUCAUUUUAGCUUCUUUGAUAGUGAAACAUAACAGAAUCAAAUAAACAGAGUCGGCGGUUGACUCCGCGUAAAUUUUAUAUCCAGUGUGUUGCUGACUAAGGUUGUGUUUACUGGUGUUCACUGUCCUUCCUGCCAGCUUACAGGUAAUUAAACGGUUAUCACUGGUUUGUUCAGUUAGCAUCUACCGGAUAAGACGCGUUUGCACAAGAACUCCGUUAUUUUCCCAACAAUAGAUUGUAAAGCAUAGUUUCUAGUCACUUGAACGGCUAACAGGUCAUCCUCCAGUCAGUAUGGCCCCUAAAAAGAGACCAGUGCCCUUAAACAUUGCUCCUACAGGCGAUGGGUUAUCCACCUCCAUCAAUACUGAAGUUACAUCUGAGGCCAACUUGGAAGCACUCAAAAAAAUAUUGGAAGAGCUGGACCUCGAUGAACAACAGAAGAAAAGAUUAGAAGCUUUCCUUACUCAGAAGGCCAAGGUGGGGGAAUUAAGGGAUGAUGACUUCCAACGUAUCUGUGAACUUGGUGCCGGCAAUGGAGGAGUCGUCAAUAAGGAAUGCCACAAACCCUCUGGAAUAAUCAUGGCCAGAAAGCUCAUUCAUCUUGAAAUUAAACCUGCAAUUAGAAACCAGAUCAUCCGAGAACUUCAGGUUCUGCAUGAGUGUAACUCUCCCUACAUUGUGGGCUUCUAUGGAGCAUUUUACAGUGAUGGUGAGAUCAGCAUCUGCAUGGAGCACAUGGAUGGUGGAUCUCUGGACCAGGUGCUUAAAGAAGCCAAAAGGAUCCCUGAAGAGAUUCUGGGCAAAGUCAGCAUUGCUGUUUUGAGAGGCCUUGCAUACCUGAGAGAAAAACACCAAAUCAUGCAUCGAGAUGUGAAGCCUUCAAACAUUCUGGUGAACUCACGUGGGGAGAUCAAGUUGUGUGAUUUUGGUGUAAGCGGGCAGCUCAUCGACUCUAUGGCUAAUUCCUUUGUUGGGACUAGAUCAUACAUGUCGCCUGAGAGACUGCAGGGAACCCACUACUCAGUGCAGUCAGAUGUGUGGAGUAUGGGGCUAUCCCUUGUUGAGCUGUCAAUUGGACGCUUUCCCAUCCCUCCGCCUGAUGCUAAAGAACUGGAGGCCAUAUUUGGUUGUGCAAUCUUGGAUGGAAGUGAGGCAGAGACACUGAGCACAUCACCCAGACCCAGAGCACCUGGUCGACCUGUCAGCAGUCAUGGUCCUGUCAUGGCCAUCUUUGAACUGCUAGACUACAUAGUAAAUGAGCCCCCUCCCAAACUACCACAUGGUGUCUUCACAUCUGAUUUCCAGGACUUUGUGACAAAGUGUCUAAUCAAAAAUCCAGCAGACAGGGCGGACUUGAAAAUGUUGAUGAACCACACAUUCAUCAAGCGGUCUGAGGUGGAGGAGGUGGACUUUGCUGGCUGGCUGUGUAAAACCAUGGGGCUGAACCAACCUAGAACUCCGACACGUAUUGCAGACUGAGCACACACUCUCGACACACUCAUACAAACAGUAUGAGUGUGUGUGUGUAAAAAACCUUCAGAAGCUGCUACUCAAAACUUUACACCCACAUAUACACUUUGUUUGCAACAUCCUUCCCUCAGGUGAGCUUCUAGAGUCUCCAUCUAUCAAAUGAACUCUAUGUUUGGAAAGGUUUUGUACAGUUUACAUCCUUUGUCAUUGGUCAUUACUGAUUGUGUUUAAUUCAAUUCAGUUUUUUGACCAUUAAAACAUCUUAUUUCAAGACUAACAAAAGUAAAGCUGCUAGAUUGAAAUUCUGUACAAGGUUUAGCAUUUGCAUUCGAUUUAUAAUUAUUACUACUAUGCCAUGUAUCAUAAUUUUUCUUCAGUUAUAUUAGCUGCCUAUUCUAUUCAGAACUGAUAAAAUAUCUCCCAAAAAGACAAAUGAACCUGCAUAUUUAGCUGUUAUUUUUCAAUUCAGCUUCUCAGUUUUUUAGUGUGAAUCUCGGAAGCUUACAGCACCAGUGUGUCAAUCACAGUUCUUACUAUCAUGGUUCAGCAUUUGUAAAUGUGUACAGGCAGAUACAGAUGUGAAUUUGUUUUUAUACAGUUAUGCAAACACAUUUAAGAAAUGCUAGACUAAGUUUAUAUUAAUGAGCUAGUGGGGUUAUAUGUGUUCUUGUUAGCAUGAUUGAGUCUCAUUUUUGCUGUUGUUGCAUUUGAUACAAUUUAAGAUGUUUUGGGGUGAAGCACAAUGCGCAAAACAUUUAGCAUGACCCUCAUUUCAAAGCCAAAAAUAAAAAGUUAUAUCUUUAAA